CCACGCAUGCGAUCAGACAUCCACCAUCAGCCGUUUCCCUCGUCGCGGCGCAUCCAGACUCCAAAGCAAUCGGGCGAAGUGGGAACAAGCCGGCAUGAGCCGCUCUUUGACACGGAGCGACCCCAGCAGCUGCAGUAGUGGACACAUUUCCUGGUGAUUCUCGCGCCAGGAAAGAAGAUUGGGCCAGGAGGUUCGCCCACCACCCCUCGCGUCCGCCGCCCCUGUCAAGAGGGCAGGAGAGGAGGAGGAGACGAAGACGUGACUGAGAGGGCAAGGAGGCGCCGGUCAUGUCGCUUGCUGGGCUGUCCGAUCCAUCAACCCCGAUGCCGGAGCUCGAUCACUCGACGCCCCGGAGACCGACUCGCGCACCUUCGAGAGUCUCGCUUGCGUCGUCGUCGUCGUCGACUGGCGCUGGAGCACCGCCAUUGGCUGAGGACAAGUCAGCGCUGUCGAAUAGCAGCAGAAAAGCGGCACACUUACGCAUCGCAUCGCUGACCGAGAGUACAGACUCGGAAGCGACGCCGAGGAAAAGGAUGCCCCUGCCUACGCCGCCGCAGAGCGAGACGAUGAGCAACGGGAGCUCGGCCAGGCUGGACCUCCUCCCUUCUCUCUCCCUCGGCGCCAACGGCAACGACAAUAAAAUGUUCGAGGACGAAGAUGACGAUCAUGAACAGCAGCAGCAACGCCAACAACAGCAACGACAACAACAGCAGCAGCAACGUGAAGAGGAGCGCGAAGCUGGGAACACCAGUCGCAGGAAUCGAUAUCCCGAGCUCGAGAGGAGAAGCGUCUCGAGCCGGAGCUCCCUCAACCCGCUUCGACGACAGGCUUCGACGGCGACAAUCACCAACAAUGAGGAGGACAACUCCCUCGGUGAAUCCACGUCAACGCUCAGGGAUGAGGAGAAGGGCCCGGGCAAGAACAGGGAGGAGCGUCGCAAGAGGAGUGCCAUGCAUGAGCGUGAGCUCUCGCAGAUGCGAUCCGAGUCUCGGCUUGGCGACCGAGGCGAUGAUGUAGACGAGCAAAGUCCGCGUAAGGGCAGCUCGAGCCGACAAGUCAGUGGCGGCGGCGGCGGCGGCGGUGGAGAAGAAGCAGCAGCAAGAGCGGUACAAGGAGGAGGAACAGAGAGCACCGAAGACACAUCGGGGACAGAGGGCACAGGGCCCGUGUUUGACAGGCGAAGAAGGAAGAAGAGCACGACAAGCUCGUCUUCGCGACAGCAUGCCAAGCAGAGCCACCACACAUCUCCUACAAAGGAUAGCGUCAGCAGCAACAGCAGAAGAGAAGGGGAAGACGACUGGGAGAGGCGGUCGUCGGCAAGCGUUGCGUCUGUUCGUGCUCGCAAUGAGUAUAUUCAGCGCAGAGCGUCGUUGAGCCCUCAAGUCGAACGGCACCAAGGCAGCUCCUCGGUCAGCAACCAGGGCCCAUUUCCUUCGACCAGACGAGCCGGUCUUCCCCUGGAAUUUCGAUCGGACAGGCAUACAACUCAGUCGCGCUAUCGGAGCGAUUCGAUCGAGGACGACGAAGACCCGCGCCAAGUUCCUGCAGAGGGCCCUGCCAGCGACGAGGUCUGGCCUCGAGGCGAAGAGCCUUCUUCUGCUCGAUUCCGCUCUUCGACGUCCAGCACCAACAGCUACCGUCGACGCAGGUAUGCCUCAGACGCCCAAGCGUCUGAUGUUCCGUCGAGCGAGCGAGAGCGAGACUUAGCCGCUCCCUCCAGGAACAGCCGCAUCUCUGUCGACGCCUCAUCGGUCUCUCGACAUCUCUCUCGGACCGUCCCUCGCCCUUCUGGAGGCUCCGGCAGCUCGAGAGACUGGGAACCCAACCAAAUAUCGCCAAGCGAAGCGAUCCGCCAGCGCAAAAUCUCGACGAGCUCGUCGAUCUCGCAGCGCUCUUCAGGUGGAGCCUCUGAUGUUCAUCGCUCGGCGUCGCGGAACAGCAUGCGACGUGCAUAUGGCAGGGAUGUCUUUGACGAUGAACGGCCUCCUCCCAUGCCUGCACUUGGGCCAAAGGUCACGUCUCGGGACCAGGAUCGCAAAGAGAAGUUACACGCACUCCGAGAACGCCAAGAGAAGCUCAAGAACACUCCGAUGGGCGGCUCUAAAUGGUGGGACGAGCUUGAAGAUCUCCGCUCGCGCAUUGACGAGCUGUCCAUGGACUCUCAUCGGUCCCAGUCGAGGGCAUCGAGCCGUGCCUCGGCCAUCAGCAGCACACGUUCACGAUCAAAGGUCGGCGAGACGCCCUCGCACACGCUUCGCCGCAGCCGGCCCAUGACAGAACCGCGAAAAGGUCAUGGUAGCAAUCAUGAUCGUACCUUGUCUGAUCAAGUCUUUGUGCCGCCACUGCCGCCGCCCACCCAAGCGAGGGAAGGAAGCCGUUCGAGGAGCGGGACAUUGAAUGAGUCUGCUCGGCGCUAUGCCUCCGCCACCUACGACAAUCGUCGAGCUCCGGUCACGCCUGAUAUCUCGUCGGCAUCGACGACCGUUGGUCGAUCCAGCGGCAGCAGGAUGGCUCAUACAGGCCCAACGACUAGCACAAGUCGCUUUCCCUCUUUCGGCGGGGCGGCGAGCGAACAGGCAGAGACGAUGCCGCUACACGAACGCAACCUGCUCAACGCCUUUGAUGUUUUCGAUCGGCACUUUAGCCAAAGCGGUCAGGCUGGAACACCAAACUCUUCCAACAGCAUGCGAGGGGGGCCAGAAUCGAUGGAGCUCGUCGAUCGCUUCCGAGAAGUUAGUGACUCAUCGACGAGGAUCAAUGCCGGCCUUCGUCGUCUAGUUCAGGUGACACUCGAGGCGCAGAUAGACGCCGAAUUGGCGAACAGCGACGCUCCUUCGUCUGCCACGUCGACUGCCUUUUCGAUCCUGGAUAGGGGCCUGACUCACCUCCUCAGAGAUAGCGAUGAACAGGUUCGCAGCCUUACCGACGGCUUGAUGGUCUUCACACGCGCAGAGAGGGAGCGAGACAGGAUGAGAAGAGUUCUCGGAACAAGCGAUCAGGGAUCUGUAGGAGGACGACCAGGCUCGCGGGUUUCCCUGCUGGCAAGUCCAGACACGGAGCGGGGCAACAACGGCAGCGUCGAUUUGGACAAGCCCGCAAAUGACCUUCGGAGGGCUUUCUCUCAGCGCGAACGCAUGGGUGUCAGUCUCUCCGUUGCCGGCAAGUCCAGCGCAAGCAGUACCAGCCAAGGCUCCAGCGAACUGUCUGGCGGGUCUCAACGGCGUACGGUUGCAGAGGCUACCUCGCCGUAUUCCCCAACGCCUUACACGGGCAAAGGAAAGGAGGGCAUCAAAAGCCCGACACUGUCCACUGCAGCCCACGCCUCGUCGCAGCGGCUGAGAUCAACUCUGGGCAUCAGCCACAAGCGGUCCAAUUCCGAGCUUCCUUCUCCGAGGUCGCCAGCAACCGAAUUUCGCAAAGACAAGACAUCCAACACAUCAUCAAAUUCGACGGUGAAGCCGCCUGCGUCCCUCUCGCCUAGGCGCCCAAAGCUGUCGUUUCCUUCCGUCUCGACCGAAAAUGCCCUCGCCAGGAACGCUGUCGACAUAGUCGACGCAACUACGGGAGAGGCUGUUGGCGAUGGAUCCUUUGCUUCCUCUGCGGGGGAGCUCGAAGAGUCUCCUUCGCACAAAUUUGCAGCCCUGUCCGACGACAAGGUUCCCAAGUCUCUCCAUGCCCCUGCUGAGCCGCGAAGGAGUGGCUCCUCGAGAACGGUCUGGACCGUGUUUGAUCGUCCCGUGACGACAGAACCUGAGCCAAAGUCAGCAGACGUGGAAAACUCCCGACCUUCCUCGCUUUUGAGGCGCCAAAGCAGCCGCUCCCAACAUCGAGCGUCCAUCGCCACCAUGUCAAGCCCGAACGAGGGACCUUCUCCUCGUCAAGAGAACCAGACAGUGCCCAUUUCUCACCAACCAGGCGGAGGAGUUGGUCUCAAUGCAGCCUCGCGCAUGAUCCGAAGCCUGGGAAGGGGAGCAGGUAGACGUAUCUCUGCUCACGUUGACAUCGACAAAGAGCUGCCGUCGUCGUCGGGCAUCUCUCCCAAUGAUUGAAUGGAUUUCUCAGGCCUCCUAUCACCUGCUCCGCCAUAGCAUCACCAGAUCCACAUCGCCGCCCUCUACAUCAAUGUCCAUCGGACUGUAUUUUCUCCUUACUCAAUACACUCUCAAGCACAAUAUUCAUACACUCUCUGGUCACUACAACCCUUAGCAAUGCCGCUGCGUUUGUCUGAUGAGCGGCACCCGAGCGCACGUGGACGAGGACCUUUCCGACCGUCGGAUCAAGUCGGAGCCUAAGC